AUGAGCAACGAAGCAUUCCCCCCUGCCAUGGAACCUUCGUUCUCGCAUUCUGCGGCCAUCGCCUUGGGCGCCUUGAAUAAGGUUGUCUGGCUAUUGCUUCUGCUGAAGCGGGUGCCAGGUUUGAAUCGCCCAUACGUACAAUUACAUCAAUGGCUGUCUACACAAGUUAACCAAAGACGAAUGUGCAAGGAGCCUGCCGCAGACAUCUUGUCCUGGAUCCUGGCAGAGUUGGGCAACAAGGAGCCAGCUUGGCUAGAAUUCCAAAAUCUCAAAUGGGAUGCUUAUUUGAUCUUGAUGGCUGCAAGCGAAACAACAUCCCACACCCUCAGUUGUCUAUUCUUCGAGCUGGCCGACCAUCCCCAUGUCUGGACAAUCCUCCAGGAAGAGAUUGAUGAAUUAUAUGCCCAUGAGGAACAGCCAAGCCAAAUGGCCUUGGCAAAGCUUCCAUACCUCCAGGCAUGCAUCAAUGAAGCCCUACGUCUCUACCCAGUGCUUCCAUCAGGAGCGCAGCGGGUCGUCCCAGCCGCUGGGCUGCAGCUGAAGAAUGCUUUUAUUCCGGGAAAUACUAUUGUGCAAAUGCCGUUUUACACGAUCUACCGAGAUGAGCGGCUUUUCGACCAGGCCGAUAAUUUCAUUCCGGAACGAUGGACAUCGAAGACAGAGUUGGACGAUCUUCGUGCAUUGGAAAGCAGUUCGCAUUGUUCCAACUCCGUCAUUUAA